AUGCGGCAGGUGUCACCAGAAAGCCCAGACAUUUUCGACUUCAUCAUGGACCUCCAUCAUGCUUGCGGCGGAAAAUGGGACACCUUGGUAACACAAUGCAAGAUCACCUCUGAAGAGCUCGCAUCCUUUCUGGAGUAUGCUGCUAUGUUUCUCUGCAAUUUGGGUAACUUCUAUGGCGAAGGCGAUCAAAAGUUUAUUCCCGACUUAACUGUCGAAGCUCUGCAAAAGAUUGCAGAUAUCUCCCCAAAAACGAAGGUUGGCCUGGAGAAGAUCAGAGGUCCAUUGCUGGCAGUCCCACCAUUCAGCCUUGGAUAUCCCAGCAAGAACGCGCAGUCGAGCUAUUAUCCUAGUACUGAACUCAUUUCGGAAGAGGAGAUUGCCAAGGUGUCGGAGGCCAUGAGCAAAUACUCCAUUGGGCCGGAGAAUACUCGAAUUCGGAAACUGGUCAAGGAUGGCAAGCCCGUCUACCAGCUGUUGCAAGCUUCUGCGGAGACUGGUGUUCCCACGAACAAUCUACACAAACUCGCAAAUGACAUAUUUCUAGUUAGAGGCGAUCACUCCGAAGAGUUAUCAGAAGUCUGCGCGGCUCUGACAAAGGCAAAGGAGUAUGCAGGCAACAGCAAGCAGGCCCAGUUCUUGGCCCAUUACAUCGAAUGCUUUCUCACUGGUAGCUUAGAAGCUUUCCAGGAGUCGCAAAAAGCAUGGGUGACGGAUGUGUCUACAAGAGUAGAGAAUUUGAUUGGGUUCAUCGAGCCUUACCGUGACCCGGCUGGGAUUAGAUCGGAGUGGGAGGCUAUGAUAGGAAUCGCCGAUCCGAAUGAGACUUCGAAAUUGAAGCACUUUGUCGAAAGCUCAACUCUUUUCAUUCGACAACUCCCAUGGGCAGUCCAGGAUGUGAAUGACGGGAAAGGACCAUUCGAGAAGAGUCUGUUUGAAGCUCCCGACUUCACCAGCGUCCACGCGCUCGCCGUAUGCGGCAGCGUCGUCUUCGAAGCCGCCAAUCUUCCAAACUACGAAUACAUCCGAGAAACCUGCGGCUUCAAGAACAUCGUUCUCGCGAAUCGUCUUAGCGUCAACAAUAACCCCAAUCUACCAUGCCACUGGGUCGAUCCAUCAGAGCUAAAGCAUUUCAAGAGCAGCACGCACAUUGUCAGAUUCAUCACUACGGCAAUUCACGAGCUGCUUGGUCACGGAACUGGUAAACUCCUUAGUGAAAACAACUCGGGAAAUUACAACUUCGACAAGCAGAACCCGCCGAUCAGUCCCCUAAACAAGAAAGCUGUAACGUCGUACUAUUUGCCCGGCCAGACGUGGACCAGCGUCUUUGGGAAGCUGGCGGGAACGGUGGAGGAAUGUCGUGCCAUUCUGGUUUCAGAGUACCUCAUGGAUAACAAGGAGUUGUUGGGUAUUUUCGGAUACACUGACACCAGUGAAAUCACAGCUGACGACCUUCUCUAUACCACCUAUCUCAAUAUUGGUGUCGACGGUCUUCAAGCACUCGAACAUUACAACUUCAAAGAUAAGGUUUGGGGCCAAGUCCACCACCAGGCCCACUUCUCUAUUCUCAAAUACCUCCUCGAAGCCGGUGCCGGCGUCAUCCACAUCGACCACGACCCCUCCAAAUCCACCCUCACCGUCCACAUCGACCGUAACAAGAUCCUCUCUCACGGCAAACCCGCUCUGGGCCGCUACCUCAGCCGGCUGCAUAUCUGGCGCUGCACCGCCAAUGUUUCUUCCUGCAAGCAGCUCUACGAGCCUCUGUGUGCGGUCGAUGACAUCUACGAGCAGUGGCGACAGAUUGUGUGUUCGAAGCCGAAUCCAAGGUGGAAGUUCGUGCAACCGAAUACUUUUGAUACUGGGGAAACCGUGGAAGUGAAGGUUUAUGAGGAGAGCAAUGAGGGGAUUAUUCAGUCGUGGGCUGAGAGAGAGGUUUGA